ACCCCCAUAGAGUGAAAGUGAUUGAGACCUUCAGUGAAGCUCCUCCUACAACAAUCCACCAAUAAAUGCUGGAGUCAAACACACAGAGAAAUCACUCCAUGUGUGACAACUGAAAUCUUCAUGACAUAAUGUUGAUGCUGGUGAAAGAGGAGCUUGAGAAGAUGACAGAUCCACAACCAUGCAGAAUAAAGAAUGAAGAUACCGAGGAACAAAUAGAUAUGAUAGAAGUGAAAGAGGAGAGUCAAGCUGAAGUGGAUGAGAAACAUCAGAAUGUAAAAAUAAACCAUAAUGUUUCACAGAAAGGAACUCUGAGAACAGAAGACAUAAAGUGUGAAAAUAGUUUCAGUGAAGAUGAACGCCCUGCAGAUCACAAGAGGACUCACAGUGAGGAGAAACCUUUCACAUGUCAACAGUGUGGAAAGAGUUUCAGAUCUAAAAGUAAACUUGAGGCUCAUCUGAGAACUCACACUGGAGAGAAACCAUACACGUGUCAUCUUUGUGGAAAUAGUUUCACAGUUAAAUUUAGCCUUACGAAACACAUGGGAAUUCACACUGGAGAGAAACCAUACACGUGUCAACAGUGUGGAAAGAGUUUUACAUCUUCAAGUAACCUUACGAGACACAUGAGGACUCACACUGGAGUGAAACCGUUCACAUGUCUUCAGUGUGGAAAGAGUUUCAGAACAAAAGCUAACCUUGAGACUCACAUGAGACUUCACACUGGAGAGAAACCUUACACGUGUCUUCAGUGUGGAAAGACUUUUACAUCUACAGGUUACCUUAUGAAACACAUGAGGACUCACACUGGAGUGAAACGGUUCACAUGUCUUCAGUGUGGAAAGGGUUUCAGAGACAGAAGUGACCUUGAGAUUCACAUGAGACUUCACACUGGAGAGAAACCUUACACAUGUCUUCAGUGUGGAAAGACUUUUACAUCUACAGGUUACCUUAUGAAACACAUGAGGACUCACACUGGAGUGAAACCGUUCACAUGUCUUCAGUGUGUAAAGAGUUUCAGAACAAAAGCUAACCUUGAGACUCACAUGAGACUUCACACUGGAGAGAAACCUUACACGUGUCCUCAGUGUGGAAUGAGUUUUAUGUGGGAAACAAGUCUCAGAAAUCACCAGCGCUUACAUUCUGAAGAAAAGACAUUCAACUCUUCUGUGCAGUUAUGAGUUUAUUAUGAAUCAGAAGAUACACACGAGUGGUCAUGAGUGGAUAUGUAAAGUCUUACCGUGGGUUCACACCAGCCACGUUUGAGGCGUCAAAAUCGCGUCUAGUUUGCCGCUUGAACAUUAUGGGGCGGUUUCCCGGACAGGGAUUAGACUAGUCCUAGACUACAAAAUUUUUAAGAGCUGUACAAACAAAAAACAAAUUGCACUUACAUAUCUUAAAAUAAAUCAGUUCUCUUUGUUUUGCCUCAAAAUGCACACAGGUAUUUUUUUUAGUUAGGCAUGUUUGUUAAAACUAGUUAUAUUUCCUAAUUAAACUAAGGCCUAGUCCUGGAUUAAGUUUAUGCCUGUCAGGGAAACCGCCCCUUUGAGUUUACUCACUUCAUUCGCAUGUGAAAUUCUAGUCAUCGAGACUUUCGGAAAUGUGCGUCAUGGGAGGGGCUUCUGCGACUCUGUUCGCUUUCUGUAAUCACUUUACUACUAGAGCAAGCUCCUGAUUGGUAAAUGCAGCACGUUUUUCCGCCAAAGUAUAAAUUUUUCAACUCGCUCAUUUGCCGCGGCAACGCCCAAUUCAAAAGACAGAAUCGCGUCUAACACGCCGCACUAAACGCUCAUUUGCACAGUGAGACCUUGCACGUCUUCAUAUUGACUUAACAUUGAAAUCGCUCUUGCUUGGCUGGUCUGAACGCAUCAUUAAGCUAGGGCCCACCAAAAGAUGUAUUAAAUCUUAUCAGACCAGAUACCACAAACAUGAUGAGAAAAAAUACACUAUAUUGCCAAUAGUUUUGGGUCACCUGCCUUUAUAUGCACAUGAACCUGAAUGACAUCCAAUUCUUAAUCCAUAUGGUUUAAUAUUGAGUUGGUCCACCCUUUGCAGCUAUAACAGCUUCAACUCUUCUUGGAAGACUUUCUACAAGGUUUAGGAGUGCGUUUAUGGGAAUUUUUGACCAUUCUUCUAAAAGCACAUUUAUAUGGUCAGACACUGAUGUGGGACGAGAAGGUCUAGCUCGUAGUUUCCACUCUAAUUCAUCCCAAAGAUGUUCUACUGGAUUGAGGUCACGACUCUGUGCAGGCCAGUCAAGUUCCUCCACACCAAACUCGCUCAUUCAUGUCUUUAUGGACCUUGCUUUGUGCACUGGUGCACCGUCAUGUUGGAACAGGACGGGGCCAUCCCCAAACUGUUCCCCCAAAGUUUGGAGCAUGAAAUUUUCCAAAAUGUCUUGGUAUGAUGAAGCAUUAAAAGUUCCUUCCACUGUAAGUGAUUGAAACACCUGAAUUCAAUGAUUAGGAGGGGUGUCUCAAAACUUUUGGCAAUAUAGUGUAUAGGAUUUACCAGUUUUGUUCUUAUAGUAUGUGGAUUGCCAGUAGGGUGGCCAUUCGGGCCAGUUCCGCCGGACACGUCCCAAACAUGUUUUCGGGUUCGUUCUCCAGAAGUCGCACGCAUACCUCAUCGAGGUUCUCACAUUUCAGUUAAAAUACAUUAGAAAAUUACGAUUUAUUUCUUUUAAGACAUACAAUCAUUGUAGUUUCAUUCUUACCUUGAAAUGUAACGGUUGCUUUUCUGAAAUUUAACCCGAAAUAUUAAACUUUGAUGACGUAUGCGGUCGACCAACGCGACUUCCGGAGAACGAACCCGAAAACAUGUUCGGGACGUGUCCGACGGAACUGGCACGAAUGGCCACCCUAAUUGCCAGUAUGUGGUCAUCACAGCACACCUCAUAUCUUUGUUGUUUGUGAGUCUUGACAGAGAACAUAGAAGUCUUGCGAUGUCUCUCGUGGUCAAACAUGACUUCACAGUAAACAAACAUGAUGGAAAACGGUCAUAAAGAAAUGUCAUAAAUACUGUGGACUGCACCUCAGUUUGGACUGUUUCUGCUGCACCAUAACUGCGGUUGUUAUUGUUUCAUCUUUCAUCAGCUCGCUUUCUGAUUCAUGGUCUUUUGGGGGUCUAAAUGAUCCCAGACCCUCUUCAAAUAGUUAAAAACAUAUGCCGUGUUAUUUUUUAUUCUGAUAUUUCAUGACCGUUUCUAUUUACAUCAGAUCAUUUUACAAAUGUUUUUUCUUGAUUAUCGAUUACAUGUGAUGAUGACCCCAGUAAUAAAAGUUAUAACUGUAUGACCACUAAAAUGAUUGUCACAUGCUUUGAAUCUGUUCGGCAUACAACACUGUUAUCUUAGCAUUAAUAGUUGUGUUUAAAAAUAGCAUUGUACUAAUAAAAGUGAAUAAAGUGAUAAACAUGUUUAUUUACUUAUUUUAACACCAUUAAAAAUGUCUUUAGAAAUUACAGUAUUAUUGUCUUGUGUUUGCCAGUUACUUACUGUAGAUUUAAUUUUUUUAUUUACUUGCAACAGUUUGUUCAACUUAAAUCAACAUUAACAAGUAUUUGUCUUUACAGAAUAAAACUUAACUUCUUACACUCUGAGGCUAUUUUGGGGAUUUCCGCCUGGAUUUGGCCUACCACAUUUCAAAAGCUUCCCAUACCCACAUGCAGAGGUGCACAUACAAAAGUUUGAUAUCAUUUUACAAGAAACCCUUUGAAAUUACAUAAAACACUGUUAAAAGUGGUCAACAUGGUUGUAUGUGUUGU